UAUUCGACCGGAGCCACGAAUGUCACCUAUCAGCAACACAAGACUGGUCGCGAGGAGCGAGCCGCCGUACUUGGAAAACAUGACGGAUUUCGUGGAUGUACGAUUUGGUUUACUGGACUGUCCGGAGCCGGAAAGACGACAAUUGCGUUCGCUGUUGAGAAAAUCCUAACACAGAUGGGUAUACCAUGCUGUGGCCUAGACGGUGACAAUGUACGUCAUGGCUUGUGUAAAAAUCUCGGCUUCUCCAAAGAGGAAAGAAGUGAAAAUAUACGCAGGGUUGCGGAGGUAUCGAAACUCUUUGCCGAUCAGGGUCUUGUAUGCUUGGCAUCGUUCAUUUCGCCAUUCCGUGUUGAUCGAGAGGAAGCUAGAAGGAUACACGAAAAGGUAAGAUUUUUCGAGGUGUACGUGAGCACAUCACUUCAAGAAUGUGAAAAACGCGAUCCGAAAAAACUUUACUCCAAAGCUCGGGCCGGUGAAAUUUCUGGGUUCACCGGUAUCGACAGUGCAUACGAGCCACCGGAGGAUGCUGAAUUGGCUUACCUGUUUGAUGUUUUCUUGAUUGUAGCAUUUCAGGCUAUGCGACAAUUAUCAGGACCCCCGUUGAGAGAGUUAUUCGUUGAGAGCGAAGAAGAAAAAUUGGCAUUACUGGAAGCAGCUAAAAACAUGCCAACAAUUGAGCUGGGACCUGUAGAGGUGCAAUGGCUUCAGGUACUGUCAGAGGGUUGGGCCACGCCUUUGCCUGGAUUCAUGCGGGAACGUCAGUAUUUGCAAGCUCUUCAUUUUGGACAGUUGCUCGAUCUGAAGAAGAAGACUGUCUUUCCAGGAGAGAAAGAUGACGGUGCCGAAGAUCCAUGGCCAAUGGACGAGCCAGUAAAUCAGAGCGUACCGAUUGUGCUACCGAUUACAGACGAUUUUAUAGGCGACAAGGUGUCGCCAAGUGUCGCGCUGACUCGCCAUGGGGUUGUGCUAGCGGUACUGAACGACGGUGAGAUCUUCGCCCAUCGACGAGAAGAACGAGUCGCGAGGCAGUUUGCAUUCUCUGAUCCACGACAUCCAGCAGUUGAGCAGGUUCUUUCAAGCGGACCGUGGUGCUUGGGAGGUGACUUGAAGGUAUUGGAGCGGAUCACAUUUGAUGAUGGUCUGAACAGCUUUAGGAAAACACCAAGCGAGUUGCGAAAAAUAUUUGAAGAAAAAGGCGCUGACGCAGUGUUCGUAUUUCAACUUCGUAAUCCGAUCCACAAUGGUCAUGCACUGCUCAUGCGCGAUACGAGAGAAAAGCUACUUAAGAAGUACCGUAAUCCGAUGUUACUUCUUCACCCAUUAGGUGGAUGGACAAAGGACGACGAUGUACCGCUGUCGGUGCGAAUGCGUCAACAUGAGGCAGUGAUUGCAGAGGGUGUCUUGGACCCAUCAUGGACAGUUCUGUCCAUAUUCCCAUCACCGAUGCUCUACGCAGGACCUACUGAAGUACAAUGGCAUGCAAGAGCCCGGAUUGCUGCCGGUGUGCACACCUACAUCGUUGGAAGGGACCCAGCUGGCAUCCAACAUCCGGACACCGGUGAUUUCCUCUAUGAGCCAACGCAUGGUGCAAAGGUGCUCUCAAUGGCGCCUGGUUUGAGUCAAUUGCAUAUUCUGCCGUUCCGUGUUGCUGCAUAUGACAAAAAGGCCGGGAAAAUGGCAUUCUUCGAUCCGUCAAGGAAAGAGGAUUUCGAUUUUAUCAGCGGUACUCGAAUGCGAGGAUUGGCGAGAAGUGGUGCCACGCCUCCAGACGGUUUCAUGGCUCCAUCUGCAUGGCAAAUCCUCGCCGAUUACUACAAAUCAAUAGCAAAGAAGUAA